CAGCCCAGGAACAUUGUGGUCACAUACAGAGAAGGUGCAGCCAAGAACUUGGGGACAGCUACAGCUGUGCCUUUUCCCGUAGGAGUUGAGAUGGGGAAUUCCUGAGGAUGGGCCCAGGGGACCUGGAUCCCUGGGGAAGUGGUGGGAAUACCAGGGACUGGCUGUAUCUUGGUCACCUAAGCCUCACUAAAUAGCCUUCCCCAGCAAGAGAUCUUUAGGCUGCUGGACUAGGGCAUCAGCCUGGGAGGAGAAAUUGCUUCAGGCCUCCCCUCCCAAGAGGGUAAUUGCAACAUGAGCCCCAAGGGAGCCGUGAAGGCAGCCCCAGCCCCGCCUACUGUUUCUGGGUGCUAAUCCCCUGCACGGACCACUCAGGAGAGGAGAUUGGCUGAGGAGUUUGGAGGGGGGCGUUGCCACUACCUCCCCCAAGGGUUAAAUAGGGGCUCAGGCAAGCGGGCAAGAUGCUCAGGAGAAGAGCUCUCUGGCACGGGUUCCCUGAGCCACACCAUGACCCAGACCCUCAAGCUCGCCUCUAGAGUGUUGCAUCGCAUGGGCUGUGCUCCCGAGCUGGGCACCUCGCUGGGCUCCAGAGGCUCCUACUCAGCGCCCCGGAGCUUGGCGGACAUCCCAGGCCCCUCUACGCCCGGCUUCCUUGCCGAACUUUUCUGCAAGGGCGGGCUGUCGCGGCUACACGAGCUGCAGGUGCACGGCGCUGCACGCUUCGGGCCGGUGUGGUUGGCCAACUUCGGGACGGUGCGCACGGUGUACCUGGCGGCCCCUACACUCAUCGAGCAGCUCCUACGACAGGAGGGGCCCCAGCCCGAGCGCUGCAGCUUCUCACCCUGGGCCGAGCACCGCCGCCGCCGCCAGCGAGCUUGUGGACUACUCACCGCGGAAGGCGAAGAAUGGCAGAGGCUCCGCAGCCUCCUGGCCCCGCUCCUCCUCCGGCCUCAAGCGGCCGCCCGCUACGCCGGGACCCUGGACGACGUGGUCCGUGACCUUGUGCGACGACUGCGGCGCCAGCGGGGACGGGGCGCUGGGCCGCCCGCGCUGGUUCGGGACGUGGCAGGAGAGUUUUACAAGUUUGGACUAGAAGGCAUAGCCGCCGUGCUGCUGGGUUCGCGCCUGGGCUGCCUGGAGGCCGAAGUGCCCCCAGACACAGAGACCUUCAUCCACGCGGUGGGAUCGGUGUUUGUGUCCACGCUGCUGACCAUGGCGAUGCCCCACUGGCUGCACCGCCUCGUGCCCGGACCCUGGGGCCGCCUCUGCCGGGACUGGGACCAGAUGUUUGCAUUUGCCCAGCAGCACGUGGAGCAGCGCGAGGCCGAGAUAGCUGUGAGGAGCCAGGAAAAGCCUGAGGAGGACAUGGGAUCUGGGGCGCACCUAACCUACUUCCUGCUCCGGGAAGAGCUGCCUGCCUCGUCCAUCCUGGGGAACGUGACGGAGCUGCUACUGGCCGGGGUGGACACGGUGUCCAACACGCUCUCCUGGGCUCUAUAUGAACUCUCUCGGCACCCCGAAGUCCAGGUGGCCCUCCACUCUGAGAUCACAGCUGCCCUGGGUCCUGGCUCCAAUGGCCACCACUCAGCCACUGCUCUGUCUCGGCUGCCCCUGCUGAAGGCCGUCGUCAAGGAAGUGCUGAGACUGUACCCCGUGGUACCUGGAAAUUCCCGUGUCCCAGACAAAGAUGUUCGUGUGGGUGACUAUAUUAUCCCAAAAAAUACGCUGGUCACACUGUGUCAUUAUGCCACUUCAAGGGACCCAGCCCAGUUCCCAGAGCCAAAUUCUUUUCGUCCAGCUCGCUGGCUGGGGGAGAGUCCAGCCCCACACGCAUUUGCAUCUCUUCCCUUUGGCUUUGGCAAGCGCAGCUGCAUGGGGAGACGCCUGGCAGAGCUUGAGCUGCAAAUGGCUUUGGCCCAGAUCUUGACCCACUUUGAGGUGCAGCCUGAGCCAGGUGCUGCCCCAAUCAGACCCAUGACCCGGACUGUCCUGGUACCUGAGAGGAGCAUCAACCUACAGUUUGUGGACAGAUAGUCCCGUGGAAGGAGGCUGUCAUCAUUGCUCUUCCUCUCAUCAUAGGGGUUUAUUAGACACAAGACCAAGAGAUGCGCAUUCCCCCUGAGGCCUGUCUGUCUGACCAAACUGGUUCGAGUGACCAUAGCAAACUGCUUGAGGCAGGCCUGACCAAGGUGUGAAGUAUGCGCGUGGCCUGACCCAGCAGGCCCCCAGAAAACCAUGGUCCCUCUGCCUGCUCAGCUCUUUUCCUUUCAUAUCAUAUGCAUCCUCCCAGGGCCAACUCAGAUUUUAACUAAUAAUGCUGGGUGGUCUGAGGAAGGAUUCAACCACUGCCCUUUUGGGGGUUCUACAGUGUUCACUGAUGCUGCUGGCUAAGCAGCAUUUGUCACGGCAUGAGCUAAGUAAUCGAGCAUCUGGUCUGCACCUGGUUGGUCCUCUCUCCUUGCAUGUGAGCUCUUUGAGAAGAAGGAUGAGGCCUUAUUUGGUCUUUAUAUCCCCUGCCAGGGCCUAUCUCUGACUAGGUGACACCAUACAGAUUCUCAGAUUGAAUCUGGACCAGGUGGCAGAAGGGAUGAGCAGCUUACCACGCUCUGUCUGUCCUCUUCCUUUCUCAUCUUGCCCCUAGGAAGGUGAGUCUGCCCUUGCCUGGUUUAUGAUUUUUUUAACUCUCCUUGGCUCUCUGGUCACUAUUAGGUUGGCUUGCCCCACCACUUAUUUCCCAGGCAGAGACAUCUUUGGGCCUGUUCCUGCCCAAGCCUUCCUUUUAUAUAUUGAAAUUUUUUAAUAUUCAUAGUUUUGAAAUAAAAGAAUCAAAUGUUCCAUCCUU